GCAGGGAGCGGGAAGAUGGCGGCGUCCCUGCGGCUGGGCGGGGAGCGGGCGCUGAGGCUGCUGCGGGCCGGGCGGGCGGCGCUGGGCGCGGGGCUCCCCGUCCCCGCACGGGCGGGAUGGAGGCACCUGCACGGCUCCCGGGAGCUGCUGGGUACGCCUGGUAUUAAAGUCCUUAUGCCUGCACUUUCUCCUACAAUGGAAGAAGGAAACAUUGUGAAAUGGUUAAAAAAGGAAGGUGAAACAGUGAAUGUUGGAGAUGCAUUGUGUGAAAUUGAAACGGACAAAGCAGUGGUUACCAUGGAAUCGAGUGAUGAGGGCAUAUUGGCUAAAAUACUGGUGGAAGAAGGAAGCAAAAAUGUACGGUUGGGCUCGGUAAUUGGUCUACUGGUAGAGGAAGGACAGGACUGGAAGCAAGUUGAAAUACCAGCUGCUGGUAGUGAUCCAUCUUCUCUGGCUCCACCGGCACCUGCACGUCCCUCAGCUCCUGCAAGUCCCUCAGUUUCAACUCCUCCUAAAUUGGAACCUCAACCUGGAAAACUGCAGGUUCGUUUAAGUCCUGCAGCUCGCAACAUUCUGGAAACACAUGGACUAGAUCCAAGCAAUGUUACACCUACUGGGCCUCGAGGAAUCUUCACUAAAGAGGAUGCUCUCAAACUUCUGCAAGAGAAGCAGAAGGGUAAACCCACUGAACUGAAACCUAUGGUUUCUCCAGCUCCUCUCCAGCCUGCUGCAGUGCCUUCUGCUUCACCAGCAACAGCUGCUUAUCCAAGGCCAGCAGUUCCACCACUUUCCACUCCAGGACAACCUGCUGCUCUGGGCACAUUCACAGAAAUCCCAGCUAGCAACAUCCGAAGAGUCAUUGCUAAGAGAUUAACAGAGUCUAAAACUACGAUACCUCAUGCGUAUGCUGCUGCUGACUGUAAUAUUGAUGCUGUUUUGAAAUUAAGAAAACAAUUGGCCAAAGAUGACAUUAAAGUAUCUGUAAAUGAUUUUAUUAUCAAGGCAACUGCAGUUACUCUGAAGCAAAUGCCAGAUGUGAAUGUAACCUGGGAUGGAGAAGGCUGCAGGCAGCUGCAGUCCAUUGACAUAUCUAUUGCCGUGGCAACAGACCGAGGUCUCAUUACACCAAUCAUAAAAGAUGUUGCUGCCAAGGGAAUAAAAGAAAUUGCUGCCUCUGCAAAGGCUCUAGCAAAGAAGGCUAGAGAUGGAAAACUGUUACCAGAAGAGUACCAGGGAGGAUCUUUUAGUAUCUCCAAUCUGGGCAUGUUUGGCAUCAGUGGUUUCACUGCAGUCAUAAACCCUCCUCAGGCCUGCAUCCUAGCUGUGGGCCGAGCAAGACCAGAGCUCAGGAUUGUGGAAGAUGAAGAAGGGAAUGAGAAACUUGAACAGCAUCAACGCAUGACAGUGACUCUUUCAAGUGAUGGUCGAGUGGUGGAUGAUGAACUGGCUUCAAAGUUUCUGGAGACCUUGAAAGCCAACAUAGAGAAUCCAAUACGACUUGCCUUAUGUUGAACUUGGUGAAGAUUGCUUCCUGUUUUGACAGCAUAGAUAACUAUUAUAUGCUUAGGGUUGUUUUUCUGCAUAGAGGAGUAAAUAGCUGGAGACGGACAGUUAAAAAUUAUUAAAUUAUGAAUUAAUGUGAAACACUUAAGUUUCACGCUUUUAGUCUUCUGUAAUGACCAGGUUUUGUACUGUAAAGCUAAAAGACUUUAAUGUUAACUUACUACAUUUCUUUAAACUUUUAGUACCAGUGGCACAUGUUUGCAUAGGAAAGUCAGUCUCAUCUGUAAAGAAAAACUCAAUAAAACUUUAUGGAAUUUAAAAGG